CUAAAAAUCAAUUAUCUCACCCACGAGCGAUCGCUUUCUACCUCGCUAUGCCCACGAGCUCGCUUUCUACUAGCUCUCGACGCGUCGCCGCCGACCACAGCACGGCUGGCGUGUGGAUCCCUCCCGCUCUCCUCGCCGGAUCUCCACCCGCCUCGCUCUCUCUGAGUCCAGUGGGGCAGAGAUCCGUGAGCGCGAGGACUGGUCCCUUCUUGGGUUGGGUCUCUUCUCCAGCUCGCGAGUUCGCCACUGGUUGACACUGAUUGUAGCACUUCGUGGUGCCUGAUUGGAUCGCGGGUGCGGUUUGCCCUCCACAAAUUUGGGUUUGGUUCCACUGAACCCCCAUGACCCAAGCGAAGUCCGCUCCUGGAAGGAAGGAGAUGGGCCGUGGGCGGUCGCCGGAACCGCUCGAUUUCUUCAUAUGGACUGUCGAGGAUGUUGGAUUAUGGCUGGAAGAAAUUAACCUUGGUGGCUACAGACAAGUAUUUGAAGAAAAUGGUGUCAACGGAGAAUAUCUAGAAAGCUUGUCCAUGUUUACUACUGAGCAGAUUCUGCGUUUUAUUAGGCGGUGCCAUAUGAAAUGGGGAGACUUUAUCACACUGUGCAAAGAGUUGAGGCGCAUUAAAGUCGCCUGCCUCAAAGGGGAGCAAGAAGUCCGCAGGCCAUGGUGGGCGCCGGCAUGCCUCUCCAUAGUGUUCGUGAGGGCAGCCAAGCAGAACAGGAAGUCCCGUGUCGUCUCCUUGAAGCUGGAACCAUAAUGCUUGUCAAGCACUUGGAAUCGUCGCCGCCUGUGCUCCAAUCCUCCAGCUCUAUAGGAGGCAGCCUGCGCACACCAUCGUGCGCUAGUCCAGAGUGGCAUGGAAGCUGUCUGUUUUCGCUCUUGGUGCAUCAUGCACAACUGGUCUCUCUCUCUCUCUCUCUCUCUCUCUCUCUCUCUCUCUCUCUCUCUCUCUCUCUUAUCCCUUGCUACUUGUUCUUCAUAUAUAGGUUUGGAACAGUAGUAUGUUGUAGACAAAGAAAGAAACAUAUAAUGUGCAGAUGGUCUCUGGUCUGCUCUUUUCUUGCAAAUCUUCCUGAGUAGUUAUGGUGGUGCAUGCGAUUUGCUAAAAGAAUAAAAGAUUGUCUACCA